CCGACGCCUCCAAGUCCAGUUCCGGACGCCUCGGUACGAGGAAGAGGAGGAAAAUGGGUGCUCGCAGAGCGCUUCUGGUAGUAUGUCACACCGACGACCGGGAAACUUGGCUUUCGGGGAGCUUAUGGGCAGUACCGUUGUCUCUGUUAAAAUCCGGCGCCUCGCGACCCCGGGAGGUGAAGGGGGGCGCCUCAGCGGAGACUUCGUGCGCGCCGGGAGAUCUGCGCAGCCGUAUUUUUUACCUUUUAAGAGACUGAUCCUGCAGAGGCACCGCUGGCUCCUUACUAAGGCAGCCCCUUAAAGGCCGGGAAGUCAGCUGUCCUGGGUUACAUUCCAAACUCUUGACACUGAGACACCUUGAGCGUGCGCUGCCCGCCCUGAGCCUUGGUUGCCGCCUCAGUCAGGUGUGAACAGAUUAAUGCCAUAAACUCGAGAAUUGAGGAAAAUGAAACGAUGCGAGCUGGGAAGGAACCUAAGCGGAGUCCUGGACGGAGGAGAUUGAAUUAAGGAAUUCUGGUUCAUGAAUGCUGUAUCCUCAGAAUUGGUUCUUUUGGUUUGGUAGUUUUUUUGUUUUGUUUUGUUUUUUUGAGAUGCUGAAAUUUUGGAUUUGCAUACCCACACUCUACUCAGACUCUCUUUACAUCGGUUGUAAGAAAAGGCCUCUCAUGUUUAAAAGGUGGUAUUUUAGUUAAAGACUUAGAGAAACCGAGGAGUUCUUUUCCAGACAAGAUCACCACCUGCAAGGCUCAUCGCAGGAGUCGUGCUUGGUAAAUUCCAGGAACUUGAGAGAGGAGAGGAAGGAAUAUGGGCUGAUGAUAGAUGUAAGGAGUGUAAACCAUUGCAAGGACUCGAUUUGUGCUCCUGAAUGGAGACAGACUAUAACCCCGUGGAGCUGAGCAGUAUGUCUGGGUUUGAAGAAGGCUCUGAGCUCAAUGGAUUUGAAGGAACGGAUAUGAAGGACAUGCGGCUAGAGGCUGAAGCAGUUGUAAACGAUGUUCUCUUCGCUGUCAACAGCAUGUUUGUCUCCAAAAGCCUGCGCUGUGCAGAUGAUGUGGCUUACAUCAACGUGGAGACAAAGGAGAGGAACAGAUACUGCCUGGAGCUCACAGAAGCAGGGCUCAGGGUGGUGGGCUAUGCUUUUGACCAGGUGGAGGAUCAUUUACAGACCCCUUACCACGAGACAGUCUACUCCUUGUUGGAUACACUCAGCCCCGCCUACCGGGAAGCAUUUGGAAAUGCACUGCUUCAGAGACUGGAAGCUUUGAAAAGAGAUGGGCAGUCAUGACUCAUUCUCCUUAUAGUGGGGCUACUGCUGGUAUAGAAUGGUAACAUAAGACUUGACAUCCCUGCAUAUAGUCAUCGUAGAAAGUGCAUCGUCAGCUUUAUGUGUCUAUCAUUCCUUCACUUGUAGGCUUUUGACUCACAACAUAAUUGACUCACAAAUUGUCUCAGUUCCAGAUUCAUUUAAGGGAAUUUCAAGGCCAUCACUCUAACACUAUCAUUACAUUCUGAUUUCCUCACACAGCCUCUCUACAUUUCAAUACCUAAUCAGCAUUUCAUUCUCUUAUUACAGGGCUUCAAUGCUGCCAGCACUCUCUUUUUCAUAGAAAAUCCUAGAUUUGCACAGUGAUAUAGAAAUUAGAAUCACCUAACUUCAGACCUGGAUUCAGCCUGCUAAAUCAGGGGUUUACUACUAGCUUGGACUGGCUUAGUAGUGGUUAUUUUGUUACUGGCCUUAUUGGAAACAAACUGACAACUAGUUUCCCCUGCACAAAUUUGUAAUUUCCUGUUCUACUUAAUCUACUUACAUUACCAAAUGGACUGAUGAAAAGGAAUUGCUUCUAUGUUACUUAACUAGGAUGAAAUGAAAGGCAGGGACAGAAAUAGUUCUCUAUUCCUAUUCCUCGUUUGCAACAGCCAGCCAACCUAGAGAGGACAGACCGUUAGCAAAUGAAUGUAACAAUGACUCAUUUCCAAGAUAUCAAAGCACAUGCGCAAAUAGAGGAAUGGGCCCCACUGCGUCCUCAGUGUGUAUCAUUUCAAAGGAAGAAGAUCCUGGUUUCCUAGGAAACGAUAUUUUGGCCUGUGUUGAUUCUUAUUCUGAAAGUUUGUUUACAAUGUACAGUAUAUAUCUCCAUAUAUAUAUUCAGAAAGUAUUUUUGCUUUUGGUAUUCCCGCAGCACCCUUCUCCCCCUGCAGUCGGACAGUGCUCUGUCUCAUUGCCACAUGUACAGUGUCAUAUGAGUGCAUUGUAUGGUUUCAAACCAAAGGACAAAUGAAGCAUUCAGAAACUUGAUAUUGAAAAAGAGAUGCUCUGCAUUUUAUAUUUUAUUACAGUCCCUGGUGUUUAUAAACCUAAUAAAACACUCUAUGCUGCUGCAUGUUUUCCAGUACGUGAUGAGCAGAAAGACCCUGGGUGUUGUUUGUAAUUGUCACCCAAAGCAGCUGCUUCAGAAAUGAGUAGCAGCCAUCUGCAUCUGGGUGCACCUUUCAUACAUUUGUCAUGGCAGAUGAUUUGUCAUUGGUUUUCAACUGGGCAUUUUCAGCUUCUGAAGAUCAUGUGAGGGAAGGUGAUGGGCAGAGCGCUUGGCUAUCAAAGGUAAGCACUGGGCUCCAUCCUGAGGAGUAAAACAGUUUUGAAAACUCAGAAUGACCGCGUGGCCCAGGACAAUUAGGCUCCCUCUGCGUCACUGACACCAGCAGAGAUCACCGGGCGCUUGAACCUGGCUUUACGAGGCGCUCAUGCUAGCGUGAUGUUCGGGAACCGAGCCCAACUUCAAGCUGGAUUUUUUCAUGCUUAAUCUCAGGCUAAUGUAAGAAAAUAAUGUUUGUAGAGUUUGAAUAAAAUUGUUUACCUGCUUUUGA